AUGCCUCCGCGUGUUGCACCACCUGAUAUUGACUCACCCUACUAUAUCCAUCCAAGUGAAGGACCAAACUCUGUUUGCAUCUCACCAAAACUCAAUGGUUCCAAUUAUCUUGCAUGGAGUAAGUCUAUGCAACGAGCGUUGGGAGCGAAGAACAAGUUUCAAUUCAUCAAUGGCGAUCUUGAUAUUCCUUCACAUCAAGAUCUCAAUCGUAAUCAAUGGGAAAGGUGCAAUCAUUUGAUUCAUUCUUGGUUAUUGAAUUCUGUUUCUGAACAAAUUGCUUCAACUAUCGUAUUUCAUGCUAAUGCAAUUGACGUUUGGAUUGAUUUACGUGAGCGUUUUUCAAAAGCUGGUCGUAUUCGCAUUUUUAAUCUUCGUUCUUCGAUCAACAACUUGAAGCAAGUGUCACGAUCUGUUAUGGAUUACUUCAUUGAGUUAAGAGGACUAUGGGAAGAGCUCAAUGAACACCGUCCACUUUCAUCAUGCUCGUGUGUUCAACAAUGUCGUUGCCUUGCUAUGCAGAAUGUUCGUGCGUAUCGUGCUGAAGAUCAGGUUAUGCAAUUCUUAACUGGUCUUAAUGAACGUUUUUCAGUGGUUAGAACUCAAGUUUUGCUCAUGGAACCUUUGCCACCAAUUAACAAGGUAUAUUCCUUAGUAGUGCAAGAAGAGAGUAAUCAUAAUUCUGCUAGUGUUACUGAAGAUGAGUCUGCACUCAUGGUGAAUGCUGCUCAACGUUUUGAGUCCAAAGGCAAAUCUCCUCAUUAUAAGCAUCCUCCUCGCCAAUGCACCUUUUGUCAUAGAACUGGCCACACUGUGGAUUUCUGUUAUCAAAAGCAUGGUCACCCUAAUUUCAACAAAAACAAAUCACAAGCUAAUGCUUCCACAACUCAUACAUCUGAUGUUGAUCAUACACCUGAGAAUUCUACAACAAUUUCAUCUGCUGCUAGUGCUACCAACAUCUCUCAAGCUCAAUAUGAUCAGUUGAUUGGAUUACUUCAACAAGUUAACUUGAUCCCAUCUACCACUCCUAGCACUACUGCAUCUAUCUUUACUUUGAUGACUACUUCUACUCCUAAUGAGGAUCUCUCAGGUAUUGUAUGUAACAGUUUUAGUUCAUCUGCUCGAGCCAAUUAUUGGAUACUUGAUUCUGGUGCAAAUGACCAUGUGUGCUCAUCUCUUUCUCUUUUUACCUCUAUUCAUGCCAUUAAUCCUAUUUACAUUACUCUUCCUAAUAGUAAUUCUGUUUGUGUAAAUCAAGCUGGCUUUGUACAAUUCUCUUCUGAUCUCUAUUUGGAAGAUGUUUUGUAUUCUAAUGAUUUUCACCUCAAUCUCAUUUCCAUUUCCAAAUUGUGUCAGUCAUUGAAAUGCCAUGCUAAAUUCUCUUCUCACACUUGUUUUCUCCAGGAUAUGAACAACCUGAAGAUGAUUGGUUUGGGUAGAUAG